AUGUCUUUUUUUAGUAAUACUUUAAAUAAGACUGUUAGAUCAACAUGUCUACUUGGUGAAGUUGAAUCAUUAAUAUAUACAAAGAGAUUUGCUACUAAAAAGUCAGCAGGUACAACAAAGAAUGGUAGAGAUUCAAGACCAAAGUAUUUGGGUGUCAAGAAGUUUGGUGGACAUUUAGUCGAACCAGGUAAUAUUAUAGUUAGACAGAGAGGAACUAGAUUCCAUCCAGGAGAUGGUGUCGGUAUGGGUAGAGAUCACACAAUUUUCGCUACAGUACCAGGUGUCGUUUACUUUAGCGUUUCAACAAUCAAUACACACGGUCUUCCAGCCAAACCAAGAAAGUUUGUCUCUGUCUUGGACUUUAGCGACCUACAUGAUAAUCAAUUUGACCAACAAGAACAAUUCCAACUAGCUGACGAACAAGAAGAAUUAACAACAACCCAACAACAAACAGAAUCUCAAACAUCAUCAUUCUACCUAAAGAGAGCAGAGUGGUCUUCUUUGAUGUCUCAACAAGCCGUUGCUUUGUACUUGUGUAAGAGAUGUAAUUUUCAACAGUCGACUGAAAGUAUUGAUAAAUUCAAAAGUUAUAGAAUAAAGAAAAAUAAUGAAAUUUUAUUAUCACAUACCAAUAAUAUAAUAAAUGGGGAUCAAUUAAAAGAUUUAUCGAUUUCAAUUUUAAAGGAAUUGGAAAUGCUUGUAUACGAUCAUGGUGAUGAUCAUGAGAGUAAUAUAAAUAAUAAUAAUGUUGGUGGCGUUGGUUCACCAACAUCUUUUCUACCACCUAUGAAUAUAACGAUGGAUUUCAAUAAUUCAACGGUUAGUCUACCGAUGCAAUUGUAUGCCGAUCGUCUAAAUAUCUCGGAUCGCAGAUUAGAUGAUAUCGACAUUGCCAAUCAGGUACACCAAGGAAAACGUGUUAAAAUAGGUCAUCGUUGGUAUCAUACAAUCAACAACAACAACAACAACAACAGUAACAACAAUGAUAUAAACGAACUUAGUAUAAAUAGUGAUAACGAUGAUAAUAUAAAUAAUAACAAUAUCAACAACAAUAACAACAACAGCAAUAUAGCAGACUCUUCAAAAUAUUUAAUAGUUUGUCAUAAAUGUGGUCAAGUCAAUGGUAAAACCAACUUUUGUUUUCAAUGUGGUAACCCACUCCAGAUAGGAUCAUUAGCAUAA